GGCUUCUACUGAUCUAUCCUAGUGAAGAUCCUACUGAGAAUCAGUCUUGUCUACUUUUUCCAAGACUUGUUGUGUGCUGCAACUUGCUGACAGUAACCAAUAGGAAUUGGGCAAAAUCUCUGUGAGGGAGAGAUGCCUUUUCUUUCUGGGAAAGCGCAUUUACAAAAAGCAAGGAAGACAGUGGAUUAUCAAGUAAGCAUAACCCAAGUCCACAGUUCACCAGUCAACUCAACACAGCCAUCCACUGAGGCCUCUUGUUCCAUUGGUGUGUUAUGUACCGCAUACUGGGUGCCCUUCUCCUCCCUACCUUCUCCCUUUCUUCUCCCUUUCCAUCCCCCAUACUUGCCUUUCAAUUUCCCUAUCUUCUCAUUCCCUUCUUCAUGGCUCAAAUUUCACCAUCUCCCACACUCAGUCCCACCAUGAGCACCCCUCCAUGUCAAGAUCAAUCCCAGGAACCAACCAUGGAUUUCAAUGUAAUGGUCAUUGUUGCUGCAAUGACAUGUGCCUUGGUUUGUGCUUUGGGCCUCAAUUCCAUGUUACAAUGUGUAUUUCAGUGCACAAGACGAGCAGUAACUGAACCAGCAGAGUGGAUAUCUUCUCGUAGACGGAACUCUGGCUUAAAGAAGAAAGAAAUGGUAGCUUUGCCAACUUCAACUUAUGCCCAUCAAGGUUCACCAUCAUCAGCUUCAGGUUGUGCCAUUUGCCUAGCAGACUUCACCGACGGUGAUAAAAUAAGGGUCUUGCCUCAAUGCAACCACAGGUUUCAUGCCGAUUGCAUUGACAAGUGGCUGCUCUCUCACUCUUCAUGCCCUACUUGUCGUCAUAGGCUCAAGUCCAAUGAAGCAGUGCCUUCUCUAGAGCAGAUAGUCACUGCCUAAUCAAAUAAGAAAU